AUGGAGAAAAAUGCGAACCUGCACCGGGACUCCGGCGGGAGCUCGGUGUGCGCCACCGUCCCGGCGGAGCCUGGGGAGGUCUGGGCGGCCGGAGGUGCUGGGAAGAAGGAUCUGUGCGCGGGGGAGAGUCCCGGCGGGGACCAGCAGACGGAGCGGAAGGACGGCGGCGGAGUGGCCGAGCCAGGCUCACCCAACCUCGGCUUCACGCAGGCCGAGGCCCCGCUGCCUGGAGCUGGGAAAUCCGGUGAGGCGUGCAGCAACGGGCCGGGGUGCGGGCCAGCCGGGGCCUCUGGUGGACCAGCCCAGGUCCUUUCAGCUCAGUCCACGCAGUUAGAGUCCAAACAAACCAGAGAGAGCAGAGUGGAGCCCGCUGUGCCUGAUGUGGGGGCUGGAGACAUCCAGUCAGACGGGAUGGACCAUGGAGGCCAGGCGCUGGUGGAGGAGUUCUCUGAGCCGGCCUCUGCUGGCCCUUUGGUCAGUGGAAGUGAACCAUCUCCCAGUCCAGAUUCCCUGGACUCCUCCUCCAUCCUGAACUCCUGCCCGAGCUCGGAGGUGAACGGAGAAGGCCUGGAGGAGGAAAGGGGUCUGGCAUCCUCAGCUGUUGGGGAAGAGAAAAAGGUGGCCUGCUGCAAGGACCGAGGAGCUGGACAGUCCAUAUACCACAUCAAAUGGAUCAGGUGGAAAGAGGAGAACACACCCAUCAUCACCCAGAACGAGAACGGGCCCUGCCCUUUGCUGGCCAUUAUGAAUGUCCUUCUGCUGGCCUGGAAGGUCAAGUUGCCGCCAAUGAUGGAGAUCAUAACAGCGGAGCAGCUGAUGGAGUAUCUGGGAGACUACAUCCUCGAUGCCAAGCCGAAGGAGAUAUCUGAGGCCCAGCGGCUGAACUAUGAGCAGAAUAUGAGUGAUGCAAUGGCGGUCCUCCAUAAGCUGCAGACGGGUCUGGAUGUGAACGUGAAGUUUACGGGGGUCCGAGUGUUUGAAUACACGCCGGAGUGUAUUGUCUUUGACCUGUUGGACAUCCCAUUGUAUCACGGCUGGCUGGUCGACCCGCAGAUGGCUGAUAUAGUGAAGGCGGUGGGGAACUGCAGUUAUAAUCAGCUGGUUGAGAAGAUAAUCAGCUAUAAACAGUCGGAGAACAGUGAGCUCGCUGGAGAAGGGUUUGUGGCGGAGCAGUUCCUCAAUAGUACGGCCACCCAGCUGACCUAUCAUGGCCUGUGUGAACUCACCUCCACCGUGCAGGAGGGAGAGCUGUGUGUGUUCUUCAGAAACAACCACUUCAGCACCAUGACCAAAUUCAAGGGCCAGCUGUACCUGCUGGUGACGGAUCAGGGUUUUUUGACAGAGGAGAAGGUGGUGUGGGAGAGUCUGCAUAACGUAGAUGGAGACGGGAACUUCUGUGACUCUGAGUUUCGACUGAGGCCGCCAUCCGAUCCAGAGAGCGUUUACCGCGGCCAACAGGAUCAGAUCGACCAGGACUAUCUGAUGGCGCUGUCGCUGCAGCAGGAGCAGCAGGGUUCAGAACUGGGCUGGGAGCAACUCCCUGAGGGGAUCAGUGAUCUGGAGCUGGCGAAGAAGCUGCAGGAAGAGGAGGACCGCAGGGCUUCACAAUUCUACCAGGAGCAGGAGCAGGAACAGGCUCAAGCAGCCGCGGCCGCUGCCGCCGCACAGGCACAGGGCCAGCAGCAGGCAGCAGGUGGCGCUCAGGCUGAUGCAGCAGCAGGAGGAUCAGCAGCAGCGGCCGGAGCUUCAGCAGGGGGAGCGGCUGCCUCUCCGAGCCCAGGCAAGCAGCCCUCUAUGGGGGAGCGCAAAGCCAAGAAAGAGGCCAAGGACAAAGAUAAAUGCAUCCUGUUGUAACAGCGGUGGAGCUGUUUGGUGUUUCUGGCGAUUGAAAAAAAGUAAAAGGAGCAACAUUUUACACUGACUCAGUCCAGUAAGACCAGACAGUGGAGACAGAGUGGAGAGAGGGAGAGAGAGAGAGAGAGAGAGAGAGAGGUGUAGGUGAAGGAGGGAGAGGAUGCGCUGUUCCUAAGCCACCGGUGCCUGACUUUCUUUGCCCUUUGUGCUCUGAACACAGAAGAGCAGACGAGGGCAGCUGGGUGAAAACAAAAAAAAACAAAACAAAAAAAAAAAAAACACUCGCUCUGCAUCUUUCCUACAGCUGGCCCAACCUUCUUACACACAGUGCACUACUGUGGGGUGACCUCAAGCUUUGGGAGGGUUGAUUUUAUAGCAAAAGCAGAAAAAAUAUAUAAACACUACCAGAGGAGAAAAACGAUGAUGGCACCUUUUUUUUUUUUUUUUUUUCUUGGUUGAUUUCCGUUAUUGUUGUCUAUAAGCUAUUUUAUACCAGUACAGAUAUACACUACACAUUGAUCUCAGAAGUCGUGCGCCAUUGUGUAGUUGUCGUCAUGCCCAUAUCAGGAACUCUGGGUCUAAACUGUUUUUCUCUGUGGCUGAAAUGAAUGGCGUUUUCUAAAAUCUCAGCUGUCGUGUCCACUGGUGAACAAAAACGCCCCAGAGCUGAUGCGUUCUGUCCUGUGUACGUUUUACAGCGAAGUGUCACUGAAUCCUCUGAAUCGGAGGUUGUUUUGCAGUCAAAGUACAAAUAAUGCUGCAUGCCACAAACAAGCUAACACUGCACUGAAAUGAUGUUGCAUAUCUACUAUUGAACUUCAACACUGUUAUAUACCAACACCAGUUACUCAGAUUGCUGCCUGAAACUGCCAAAGCCUCUACAUUGCCACAUCUGACAAAACUUGCUGGUUUGUGUGGGGUGUUUUGGUGAGGUUGCCAGUCUUACGACGUCAAUUCAGCGCACAGCAGUUUGGCUCCUUAACAACCUCAAAAUUCAGAGGAUCCAGUGAUGUUUAGAGGAAAAACAUCCGUACAGCAAAAGGCAUCAGCUUUGAUGCAUCUCAGUUUACCUCAGGGUGGUGCAACAGUGGCGAUUUUCCAAAGCAUCAUUAGUUUCUGUCAUUGAGAAAACCAAAAGUUCCUAAUGUGACCGUGACGCCAGGUACAAAAUGACGAUGCGCCUUCAGGAGUCUAGAAGUAGAGGAGCUGCAGCACUAUUGGUUCAUUUCUGAGGCAGGAUAUUUAAAAAGCAGCAUGUUAUGAAGGUCAUGUUUGGUACGGAGAGGAGACGGAGGUAGCAGUGUCGUGUUACAUAACGUCAUCCAGGAUUUUUGUUUAAAUUUGUUCUGUUGCCAUAUGCACAAAAUCCUUGAGUUCUAAGUCAGUGUGCCAUAGUGAAGGCUACUACACUGUAUGUCCACCUGCUCAUCCGGUGCAUCUUCUGAAAUGAAUGGUGUCCCUCUUUUCUGCAGUAACAGCUUCUACUCUUCUGGGAAGGCUUUACACGAUGUUCAAACAUUGCUGUGAGGAAUUGAGUGCAGCCACAAGAGCAUUAGUGAGGUUGGUCAGUCAGUUCUGGCUCACUGCAUUUCAUCCCAAAGGUACUGGAGCUCCAGAGAACAUAGUUGCACUGUGCAUAGCCUGGUUCUGGAGGGGUUUAGAACCCUCUAGCUCAUGCUUGGCAUUGGACAGGGUGACCUUAUUCUCAUGUGCAGCUGCUCCAGAGCAUCCCAUUCUACUGGUCAGUGCUUUUCUAUAGAGAUCAUACAAGCUGAGAGCGUACAAUCGUCAGCAAUGUAUGCACCACAGCUGAAUUCACUAAUUAGAAGGGCUGUCUGGAUACUUUUGGACAUACAGUGUAUCUCAGCCUGGUGGUAAACAUAAAUGGAUUCAUUGCCAAUGGGGAAUUGAAUACAUGCUUCAACUGAACUUCCUUUUACAGCCACAAAUCCACAAGACCAGGUCAGAUUGCCUUACUAGAGUAUGCAUAUUGAAGAAUCUCUACCCAUAAUCCCUCUGUGUGUAUGUCACAAGAUGACAUGGUGUUAUACUGCAGCUUAUGUGGGCAUUUGGUUUUGCCAACCGUGUUAGAACAGAUCAUUUCAGAUAUGAAUAUUUUCCUUAACACGUUCUGUGGUCACAUCAUUUCUUUAAAUCUAUACGCGAAUUGCAAUGUUCAAGAACAGUUUGGCAAAGAAAAAUCAAAUUUGCACAAAUUUCCGCUUAGAUCAGACGUGAGUGAUCAGCCAAUGCAGGCUUGGAGUCAGAAUUUUGCUUGUUUACUUUAAAACGGCAAGGAUGACGUUUCUAACAAACACUGGGAGUCAGUAGUCACCCAAACAGCCCACAUCUUUUUUUUCUGGAAAACAUACAUCCCCGAAACGUCCUCAGACCACACCCAGGUCUUUAUUAAAGGGAAUUCCUCACAUUGCUCAUUUGUGUAGAAUCUAGGUUAAGAUCUUUAAGAUUCUGAGUGGUUUGGGCUGAAAUGGUUGAGACAUUUACUGACUCUGAUUUCUUUACAGUGGUGGUGAUGGGAACCAGGGGUCACCAUGACUACAACACACAUAAAGCCACUUUAUUUACUAUCCAAAAGCCCCAGUGAACCUACACAAGUCUUUUGAGUGUAUAUAUGUAAUGUCGAUGGUGGUAACAAAGGGGUAAAUCUAAAAAAAAUAAUAAUAAUUAGGAUAAUUCUUAGGAAUACUGUUUUGCCUUAUGACGUCCAGCCUGCAUCUGUCCUGUAAAAAUUGUUUAGGCCAAAACAUUGCAUCAAAAAUAGUCACAGUCAUAAGGCAGUGUAUUUGUAAACAUUUCAUGUGAUGGCCUUCUGUAGAGGAUUCGAUUCCUCCGUACUUGCUAGAUCAGUACGCCUACUCCUGGUUUAUGAACAAAUUUACAUUUAUGGCAUUUAACUGACGCUCUUAUCCAGAGCGACUUACAAUUUGAUCAUUUUACACAGGAAGGCAAAGGUGGUGUUAGGAGUCUUGCCCAAGGACUCUUAUUGGUAUAGUGUAGGGUACUUGCCCUGCUGGGGGAUUGAACCCCAGUCUACAGCGUAGAAGGUGUUAACCACUACACUAACCAACCACCGUCUGCAGUAAAGAUUUGUGUCCUAAACCUAGUCUGCAGGACCUUGGAUGAAAACCUCGACGCAGUCUGAUGAGGUGUUGAGGACUUUUGGAGAUGUUUCUACAUAAAUGUAAAGUGUGGGCUAUUUGGGUGACUAUUGAAUUCCAGUGUUUCUUAGCUACAUUAGCAUUGUGUCUCUAAACUAAAGAAGCAACAUUUGCGCUCCAAACAUCUGCUGUAAGUGAAAAACUGUCUAAAUUAGAUUUUUCACCAAACUAUUCGUUUUACAAUGCUGCCAUUGCUCUGAGCGUGACUCGCCCCGCCCGGAGACUUGAUUUUUCAAUAUGUGUAACACAGGCUUGAUGUUAUUUUGGACUAGAUUGUAAUGUAUAUCUUUAUAUGAUUUGAGUAUUAUUUUCUAUGUUUGUGCUUCUGCUGUUUUAUGUUCACUCUAAUUGUACUUUGUGUGUAUAUAUAUGUAACCUGCACACGCUAGAGCAUAUUUCACUCCCACCAUCUGUGCUACUGCCUUCUCCUGAGACACAGACCCCUUUUUCUAUCUAUACAUUCCAGCAGAAUGCCUUGCGUCAAGCAUUGUAUGGAGGCUCAGACCCACACGCUCUGAUGCUGGGACGUUUCCUCUCCACUCUGCAGGAGGGGCCGUUGUUUUCGCGUGCGACUCUGGUUUUUGCAAAGUUCAGAUCACUCCACCACUCGGGGGGGUAGGAGAGUGUUUUACACGCACAGUAGAGGCCUGGUUCUCCGUCCCAGUCCUGCAGAUCUCGAGCACGGCGUGUUGUUCUGUUUUCCGCUCCGACGCUCCUGUUUCAGCUCAUUCGUUUUGCUAUCAGUGGAGGAUCUCUAGGUUUAAAGGUAGUCCAGCGUUAUUGAGCCUGCUGUCUUUCUGAUGCAUCAGUGUUGCAUUGCUUUAGAAGCCCAUUUCAUCCAAGAAGAGGAGAAAAAAGAACUGCCCGUGUUGGCUUUAGUAUGUGAGGUGGCCUUUUUGUCGCAAGUUAGUUUUUAUUUCACAGUAAUGACAGAGCUGGUGUACGAGGAGCCUGGCCACUUCCUAUUUCCCUCAUUAUAUCAAACACACGACAGUGUAAACAGCAGAGGGCGCCCAUGAGCGAGUCCUCAGUGAAUGGGAAUAAACGGAGCUCAAUGCCUAUAAACGAAAAGUUCAAAUAUUUUUUAAUCACUUGCUCAGGUUUCUUUAAUUUUUAGAAAGCAGAAAGGAUGAAUUUCACUAAAAUAACUACGAAAACACCUGUACGUUUUUCUACAGUAAGGGCAGCAGGACGCUAACAUCACUGCUACUGAGUGCUGAUUGGUUGGUGAGCGGAGCAGCUCAUUGGCUCGAGUUUAAAAGCUCUUAAAAAUAUAACAGCAGCGUUAAGGUGUUUCACGCUGUUCUGCGUUUAAAAAAUGAAUGUAUUACUUUAUAUUAAAAAUGUUUAAGCAUUUAUAAACUUACUUUGCUCAAAUGCUCCAUCUUAACCCUUUCAUUUUGGACUCGCUCGGGAGCGCCCUCUAGUGUUUGCAAAACCCGGAAGACAUUACAGAGUGGGAAUUCUUCUCUGGUAUCGACUUAUUUUCUCCAGUUUUGUCAAAAUAACAUUUUUGUUCAAAACCUGAUCCCCAAAUAAUACCUUUUUCUGAUAAAGCCGGUCAUUUCCUCAAAAUUUGGUCUUAGGAUGAAAUAACAGCUUAUUUUCUCAGACUUUUGUCUCAAGUUGAAGUGAAUUUGGUCAAAAUGUUGACGUGUUGAAAUUACUUUCACAGAUCUUCUCAAUAGAACUUGCAUUGGAAUUAGUUUUCACUUUAAAUUUGAAGUAAUUUGACAAACACGUUUCCCAGUUUCUCGUUAGUUUGAAUAGUUCGAAUGGGAUUUUUACCAAACUUUAAAGGUAACUAGCUAGCAACCAACCUGACAACCGUUGCUAUGAAAGAAGUCAUAUGCAAAAGUUUGGGAAAGCUUAGAGAGCUUCAAAAUAAGUGACUACAUCCUCUAGAGAGAACACACUUCUGCACAUUUCAGUGCACAAUUACAGUUGCUGAUUUGAAUUGAUGCAUUAAAAACAUAAAAUGUGGCCUGUGCAAAAGUUAUGGCACAUUUUAUAUUUUGUUUUAUUUUGAAAAAAAAAAUUGUGCCAAAAAAAAAGUGCCACAUUUGAGUCUGUUACCAGGAGAGGAUGUGUUAACUUGAUUUCACUAAAAAUAAUAAUGAUGAUAAUAAUAAUAAUAAUAAUAAUAAUAAUAAAAUAUCACAUGAUCGGGGGUGACGAGCAUGGAUAUGUCCACUAUUGGCCUGAUAACGGACUGUGAUACAGGUUUGGCAGAUAGAAAUGAGGUUAAAAAAUGCUGCAGUACUAAUUUAAUAUGGAUGGAAAAUGAUGCCAAAGCAAUCAAGUUGGGAUGAUGAUGACCUGAUGAAGUAAGACAGGAGCGUUUGAGCAUGAAAACAAGUAGAAGAACAUGCAGUGCUGGGCUCUCUGAGAUCGGGACUUGGAACCACUGCCAGAGUCUACCUGCGUGACGUGGGCUGAAGUUCUCCUAUAGAGGCCCUCAGUGGCCGAAACUCUGUAUAUAAAUAAGCCUUACAACAUUUACAAUAACUUUUAUACAAGAAGAAGAAAAAAGAAGUAGAGGUGUGAGAUGAGACUGAGACAAUCUGUAGACCUUGCCACAGACAGACAACCACUCAGGCCUUCACAGAAGGAACAUAUCCUUGAGUGUCUUGCAAAUAGUUUUAGCUGCCUUGGUAAAGGGUGUGGGCGACUAUGGUGAUACACAGGGUUUGAAUUCAGAACUGUCCAUCCCUCCUAGCAGGGCUUUACUAUAAAGGAGGUACAGAUGAGAUCGAGCAUUAAUGGAGUCGUCGAAGUGAAAGCAGUCAGCCGGUCCGCUUGACUGCACUCACCAACAUUAGCUUUAGUUCUACACUCGAUGCAGAACCGGCUCUGCAGAUUGUAAAGGAAGCUACUUCACAAGCAGCUCCUGAACAGGUAGUCAGCACAGGCUUAUGUGCUUUGUGUCCCUGAUUAGUGUUUAGCCGGAAGCACAACAGUAGAUGAACGUUCCUCCAGUAUGGAAGCCCAUUUCUGCCAGGUAGAGGAGAAAAGGACGCUUUUGUUGUUUGUCCAUUUCUGGCACAGUGUGUCAAAUUUUGGACUUACUGUCUUGAAAUAAUGACACUUUCUCAAAGAAACAAACAAACAUUUCUCAAAAUUGACCUGGUAUCUAUUUCCUUGAUAUUUUACGAUAUUAGUAGGACUUAGUGUCUUGAAAUAACGACUUAUUUUCUCAACAAAAAAAAAACUAUUUUAAAUAUUGAUAUUUUUUCCUCAAUAUGUUACAAUAUUACUAGGACUUGCUGUCAUGAAAUGACAAAAAAAUUGUCAAAAUAUUAAAAUAUUUGCUCAUUAUUUUACACUACUUCUCUCAAAAUACUGACUUCUCAAAAGAAACUUGUCAAAGUGUAAAAUUCAUAAAUGUCAAGAAAGAAGAAGUCAUUAUUACAAGACUCUGAGUCUUAGUCUCAGAUUAACGGUCAUUUCACCACAGCAAGUUGCUAUUUUGAGAAAACAAGUCAUUAUUUGGAGAUUUUGACCAACUGCUGCCAGAAAUCUAGUAGACUUCCAAACUAGAGGGAUUCAAUAAACACUACAGAGGAGGGGAAAACUGUUCACUCCUUUGUCUAUUUAUAUAUUAAGGUCCAUAUAUAUUCAGUUGUCAAACCAAGAAGACUGAGUUUGUUAAAAGCUCCACUUAAAAAAAAAAGUGAACAUCCGUUACUUUAAUCACACACUACAUCAUGUUAUAUCAGAGUAGAUCUACGUGCGUCGCCAAGUGUGUUUUUGCCCCCUUCCUUCACUUGGCUGUUGGGUUAGUUACGACAAUCCUUGUUGAGGGAACAUGGACAUUCCAGUGCGUUUGAUGGCAGUGAGAUGAUGGAAAUGUGGGUUUAACUGAUGGUCGUUCAAACUUCCACGCCCACGUUAAGCUGGUUCACAGACUGAGUCUUCAGUGGAGGCUCUCUCGGCCUGAUCUGUUGGGGAAAACCAUCCGGAUACCAGACCUUCUGCUUUUUGUAGCCAACUGCUCUUCAUUUGCAUUGAUUGCCAGUAACUCACUACUUUGUUCCUUGUGCUUUAGCUUGAACCUUUUGCUCCUAAAUUGUAUUCCUUCAAUUUCUUUUGUGUGGAACGUCACAAGGCCGUAAUCGUAGGGCUCGUAUUGGUUUGAUGUUGUUAGUCAGGUGAGUACUGUAACAUUGUUUUGGCAAAAAUAAGGAUGUCCUAAGCUGUUUUAGUCAUUGUAAUUGGUUACGCACUGUUAUAUGGCUGGAAUGCACUACCAAGGAGCAAAUAAUACCUCAUUUUAUACCGAAUUAGACGUGCCAGUGUGUUUGGAGACCCCUGAACAGAUCAUUCAUGCCAAUAACCAGGACGUUAACCAUCACUUCUGUGAAGAUCGUGGCUUACAGGGCUAAAGUGAAGACAGUAAAAGGAAGAAAAAAACCCAUUUGAUGUAGGAAAGGCAUGGAUUUCUUCCAUCCGAGAACACGAUCCUGUUAGAGCGCUGCCACCAAGCUUUUAUCCUUUUCUUGUUUUGUUCUUUCACAAUGUAAAGAUUGCAGAACUUUAUGUAAAUCUCACUGACCUGAAAAUAUCUGAAGACUAACCAAGUGAAUCUCAGGUGGUGUCUAAACAGCUGAAUGAAUGAAAGAUUGUCUGCUGUGCUUGAUUUUUCCUGAUCCAGCAACCCUGUGCAUCCACAUGCUAGUUUAGCUCUGCCAGUGUAUUUGAGGUCAUGGUCUACAGUCAAAGCAGAAGUUCAGGAAACUGUUCAGACACACUCGGCCAGUCGGACAGGAAAGGAACAUGCCUGAGGCUCGGCUGCUGAAGUUGAGAACACCAGGCAUGUCUUUUUAGUCGAGGUGGAUAAAAGUAAAGGGCCUGAGGCUGUUUGAGCCCAGCCUAAAUCUCCAGACUUGCAAGCUUCAUGUUAUAGAGGACGUCUACAGAGCUGUAAGACUAAUUCUAUCAGUCAUCCAGGCCUUCGGUCCCCAACCCUUCUGGAGAUCUGCUGUCCUGCAGAGUUCAUUUCCAACCUGCAUCCAACACGACUGCAUCUGCUGCAGCCAAUCAAGCUGAAGUUGGAGCAGGUUUAGCAAAGUGUGGCUGGAGCUACAACAUGUGUCAGACUCCAGUCACACACUGCAGACUUCAUCACUCAUUAAACACAACUAAUUUCAGCUCAUCAGCUAAUAAACAAGGCCUUCAUGAGCUGAACUCAGUGUUAUAUGAGGGUAAACGCUAAUGUCUGCAGCACUUUGCCCCAGAAGGUUUGACCCCAGUCUGGCUACGUUCACAUUACCAGGCUGAAGUGGCACAAAUCUGAUUUUUGGCCCUGAUGUGACUCAGAUCUGAUGUUUUCUGAGCUGCACGGAUGCAAAUCUGAUCUUUUCACUCCAACCUGAGCCACUAUGUGGUCCUAGAUCAGAUGUAUAUACAAUCCUCGGCCAUACGACCUUAAUGAGAUGCUCAGAUCGGAAUUCAUGAGCUUUUUUCACUGCACAUGCACCAUCAUUCAGCGUUACCAUGGCAACGGCGCCAAGCAGAAGUUAAAGCCUGUAAAUGGUGGGAAAGCAGCUCAUCUCAUCUUUUUCUCGCUCCAAUAAUGAAGCUGAGAACUGAUCAGUUAAUUAUCUCCUCAGCGAAGCUCGUUCUGCUCGUUAGUUUGUAUGGAGGACGCACAUGAUUCAUUCAAACUCCUGCGGAUUUGAGCCAAAAAUCUGAUGUAAACAGACUUGUAAUGUGAACGCAGCUUUUGAUCUAUCUGAACUAGAGAGCCAGAGAGGUAGAGCUCCAGGACCAGGGUUGGUGACCCUGUUUCAACAAACUUUCCUCAUGGAGUUCAGUUCAAAAUUCAUAGCAAAGUGCAUGUGAUAAAGUAAAAGGGGAAGAGUUACCAAAAAAAAUGUACACAAAUAAUUAACAUUUUCCAAGGUAAUGAACAAUUCAUGUGGCUAUGUCCAGAUUUUGGAGGAGCCCCUGCAGCUACAGCCUCACUGACCCCACAAAUAAUUUGGUGAACGUCUGAGAACAGAGUCACAGGUCAGGAGCGUCUGGAGAUUUAGACUGACCAUAUAACAGGCUGGAAUGUGCUGGUAAUACAGCACCUGUACACAGCACCUGCUAAUGUGCUGCUCUGGUUUUCAUAACAUGAAGAAACCUGAACAGAACGGGUUUAAUACGCAACUGGAGCACAUGCAGCAUGUAAGCCCUCUAACACCGACAGACGACAUCAGAUCUUAAGAUUCUUUGUAUUUUUUUCUUAAAACGGUGGAGUUUAUUGGACGGACCCAACACACAAUUUUUGUGACGCAUGUUUAGAGCUUUGUUUGUAGCACUGAGGCAGUGAUCCAAUUCAGCAAUUCCCAUUAAUACGGUUUCUAUUUGUACUUCCUUUGUAUGUCUAUUUACACAAAAUAUUUAAAAACAAAAAGCUAUAAAAAGGGAUUUUAAAAAGGUCAUUUUUCCUUCGCAUUACAGUGGUUCAACUGUUUAUGUACAUAUGACCAAAUAUGUAUGUAGCCCAACACAGUGUGUGACAAGUAGAUGGACAUGUAACAAAAAGCCUUAGACGAGGGACGUAACGUCUGAUUAAAAGAAACCUGGUCA